AUGGAGGCGGUGGAGCUGCAAACCGCCGACGUGAACGACGGCCUGGAGGAUGGCCAGGGCCAAGGCCAGGGCCAAGGGCCGCCGGGGGGCCUGGAGCAAGUCGAGGCCAUGCUCGUUGCAGAGUCUGAGGGGCGACAGAACCCAAUGGUUCUGGAGCUGUUGAAGGAUCUGCAAAAAUGUGCAGUGUAUACAGACGCGCCAAACCAUGAGACGAACCGUAAGCUUUGGGAUGCCUAUGCCCAGUCUUGGAGUUCGGACGUGGCGUGGGUGCAGCGCAUGUCAGGCCAUGUCUCCAGAGAAGCGGCUGCCUUGAAGUUCGUAGGAGAUGAGUGGUCGGAUGUUGAGUCUCUCGAUGCCGUGCUGAGUGACUGGCUCUACCCACACCUGGAAGAUGAGCAAAAGCUCAAGACGGUCGCCGAGGUUGGGAGCGGCGGCGGGCGCAUUGCCGCGAGGGUGGCUCCCAAGGUCGAGCGCUUGGUGUGCUUUGACGUGAGUGAGGGCAUGCUGGCACGUGCAAGUAGCAGAAUUGCUGAACUUGGGCAUCGACAUGUGGAGUUCCAGCUGGUUCAUGGUGGUGCACCUUACCCGGAGGAGUAUCAUACAUUUUUCGACUUUGUGUACUCCUUUGAUGUCUUCGUCCACAUGGACCUGCACCAGAUGAGACAAACCCUGCAUUGCGUCCGGGCCAUUUUGCGGCCAGGAGGCUUGUGCUUCAUCUCAUUCGCUAACUUGCUGGCACCUGACGGCUGGCAGCGAUUUGCCAAGCAACAGAAAUACAGUGUGGGAGGCUUCUACUUCGUCUCUCCAGAUAUAGUACGUUGCUUGUUGACACAUGCCGGCUUCAGCCUGGUGAGAAUGUCGAAGCCACAGGCAGGAAACACAUACUUAAAUCGGGAUCUGCUUGUGCUUGCCCGCAAAGCUUAG